GUCAAGGUCUCUUAUCAAAAAUCGUACGGAAAAUGCUUCGUAACUUAAAUCAUGUUUACAUUUGAAAAAGUGGUGUAUCAAUUUUGCCACGAUGGCUUCUUUACCUCAAACAAAAUUGUAUCAGCAGCAAAAUUCCGAUAAUACACAAGUAAUGGACACUAAAAGCGACAAGAGGACCUCCUCUCCAGAGAAAGUAGUACCAAACCUCGGAGAAAUUGCAAUAGAAGCAUCUGAAAUAGUUAGUCGAUUAGAACAAGCAGUUGAGAGUCCAGUUGAAACCGAAACCAUACGGAAACCAUCAACUGUAUUUUUAGGACUGGAGAAAAAACAUACCGAUGAGAUAAUACAAAUUAUACAAGGCUUAAUCAGUACUGACGAAGAUGGAGAACCAGUACCAGCACUACACCUUGACUAUCUUACAAAAUUGGUUAUGGUAUCGCAUAGUUUAGCAGCCUAUUGUGGUGGUUUAGAUCGGUCAAUAUUACAAAAAUUGAGCACCAGGUUUACAACUGACACUACAAGAUGGAUCAGUCAGUUAUUUGGGUUUCUAGAUUGUUCAGCAUUUUAUCACGAAGAUCAGUUCGAGGGUUUAGUGAGAAUAACCAGGAUGAUGUUGCACUAUAAGUACCCGAGAUAUUUAGAAGAUGGAACGUUAGCUUUUACUUCAUCUUUGCCUACUAUUUAUAGUAGUAUUUCAAGUCCAUUAGGAAUUAUUCAACAUCUUUGUAGACAGUUGGGGCUUCCUCUGGCUUGUAUUCGGCCUGUGCCAGUAAAUACACAUUUUGGUUCCCAGUAUACAAUGGACGUUGCAGCAUUGCAGAAAAUGCUAGCAGAUGACAGUGUCACAGGGAGAACUCCUGUAAUUGUGAUCGCCGAUGUAGGAACUGCUGUAACAGGCCAUGUAGACAAUGUUACCAGAAUUAAAGAGCUGUGCAAGACACAUGACUGCUGGCUGCAUCUGAGAGGGCAUAAUUUGGCCGCCCUGACAUUACCAAGUCAUCAAAGAAAUGGUCAUGUGUCGCCAGUUGCAGACAGUUUUACUUUGUCAUUAGGAAGUUGGUUAGGUAUACCUGGUCUUCCAAAUGUUACAUUAUACAGGCUGUGGGAUAUAUCAAAUAACACAAACAGGAGUAAACAAGUAGGCGCGACCAGGGAAAGCACCCUCCCACUGUUAGCCGGUUUGAACACCGACCAUCUGAGUAGGAGAAUUAUUUCUUUACCACUCUGGGCAGCCCUACAAAGUUUGGGGAAGGAAGGCCUCCUGUCGAGGAUUAGAGAAAACUUUCUGGCUAGUGAAAGGCUGUAUUCAGCGUUAGAUGUGUUUCGACACGUAAGAGUAUUGAGUCCUAAACCAGGAGGUCAGAGUGGUGCCUACACCAUUACCGAACUCAUAUCAAAACCGGCCAGUUUAGCUAUGCUGUUUGAAUCUACAGCCUGUUGCGUAGUCUUUCAAUUUACUCCAGAAGUUAAAGAAGAUGAAAUUCUAAUGAAGGUGCCACCAUAUUAUGAUAAACUUAAUUCAUGGUUAGGACAAAUAUUACAAUUAGAUGUUCCGCAGAUACCUAUAGAUAUCUGCGAACUAGAAAACAUAGGCGUGGUCUUGAGGUUUUGUCCGUUUGAGAACGCCAGCGGUCAGCAGCCGUCUCUCGAAGAGUUCAAGACUUUUGUACAGUGUUUAGAGCAACAGCUGGUCAUUCUAAGGGCGACCAUACACCACAAAGAGACCUUCAAACAAUUGGUCGACGCUUCGCCGGUUUUGAAGGUCGUAGAGUUGCCAGACUGGGCAGGAAUGGGAGGUGUAAGAUAUUGUCCAGAAGGCUGGGAAGAACUACUGACAGAUCAAGCCAAAGACGAACUGAACAAUCUGAACAUCGCCCUUGUCGACGCGUUAAGGUCAACAGACUCCGCCUUUUCCUUGGGGGAGGGACAGGAUGGACUAAUGUGCGUCAGAUUUGGUAUGCUGACGCCCCAGUCUGACGUGGAGGAGUUAUUAAACCUGGUCUUAAGGAUUGGACAGUCGGUAGAGGAGAAUUCUAGGGUAUUGGAUUCAAUGAGCGAAAUUGUUAAAAAAGGCAUUGAAACUGCUACCAAGGACCUUCAGAAGGAGAACGAAGACAGGCUGUGGCAAGAAGGUAUCAUCAGGCAUGUACCUAUCGUCGGUAAUCUAGUAAACUGGUGGUCACCGAAAACAAAAGAAUCGGGCGUUAGAGGGCGCAGCUUGAAUCUGACGCAGGGCAUCGUGGAGUCCACUGAGAAUAUAUACAAAUAUCAUAUGCAAAUACAGUCAGGUACUGCUCAAUCCAGUGGCACCAAGAGCCCCCCUACCCCCCAGAUUCAAACACCGGUGAGCGCUAGUCAUUCCAGGUCCAGCAGUCACGCGUCCGCUUCUAGUCAGAGCCAGGGUACGAAGGAAAACGAGAAAAAGGACAGCGCGACGGCGGAAAGAGUAGCGUCUCCCAAACCGGAAAUUGUCACAAAGUGAACCGGAAAUAAAACACAACCUGAAAGACUAGACGAUGUUUUCUAUGCGAGUUACUUUAAAAAUUGAUGAAUUUUCAAUUUCUAGGCGUUUCCAGAAUUUUGCUUUGUCCCACUGCUGUGAUCUAUAGCGUAUUCUAUUGGUAGAAAAUGGAGAAUAAGCGUAAUAAAUAAAGAGCGAGUUGGUUUUUUGGUCAAUAUGUUGUUUUUUGGUUAAAACUAUUUCGUAUCUUCUAUUAGCAUUAUUUUAAUUUUUAAAUACUUCUUUAUUAAGUUUUUUUUUUAUCCAAACUUACAUGUGAGAUUUUAACUGUAUGGAAAUUCCCUUUUCAUAAAAAGGGAAGACUUAAGAUGGCGCUGCUGUAGCAAAAACCUAAAAUUUAAAAUAUGCGUCGAAAAUUUUUACAACAGGAAAUGAUUCAAAAGAGAUAAGUAUAGCAGCAGCAAUAGACUGGGCCUCUAAUAUAUAAAUUGUUUUAUAUUCUAAAAAAUAAAAACAAAGCUUUUUUGGGUAAUGUUUGGUUAUGUUACUUUUAUUCUUUUAUCUAUGGCUACUUUUCAUUUUUUUAGAUUUAGGCGUCAUGAGCGCCACUGUGGUUAUUGGUGAACCCUUAUUCUUCCCAUUUUUGUGACCACUUUUUCAAAUAAAGUCCCAUAGGAGAUAUUUCUCCUCAUCUCUACACUCCUUAUUACAUACAACUCUCUUUCUAUACCGAGUGUUUGAAAUUCGAUUUUCGCCAUUGGGUCUCUGAAACGACACGAGAUUAUAAUACUUAUCUUUGUUAAAAGUUUGUCACCAUAGAUAAAAGAAACAAGUUUAGAUUGGAAAGUGGUCAUAAAGACAAUGGGAAUACUAUUUGGCGCUAUUCUUGCAACGGUCGCU